UCUGCAGUGAUUUGUCAAAGCAGCUGCCUGCUGCUUUUAUCUGUUUUAUAUAUUUACUGUCUACCCGCAAAUCGAAUAAAAAGUAAUUUUAUACUCAAUUUGUUAAACCUGAAAGACAACACAAUGUCCAAGGAAAAUGAACCGAUCAAGGUGGACAAAGAGUUGGACCUGUCAAACGCGGGCCGUGGUGUUUGGUUGGUAAAAGUUCCUAAAUACAUGGCCAACAAGUGGGAGAAAGCACCCGGGAAUAUCGAGGUUGGUAAACUCAAAAUUUCCAAACAGGUGGGCCAAAAAGCACAGGUAUCGCUAACAUUGUCUGAUGCUGUGAUAAACAUUGACCCAUCCGAGGAAAUCCCGCGAGACCACCGACUGGAUGUCUCGGUGGUUACCAAGCAAACGCUGGGUGUGUUUUCACACAGCGUUCCAACGGCUGCCAGUACCACCCGGGAGGACGCUGUCCCUGAACCGGAGAAACUUUUCAUGGAGGGACGGAUAGUGCAGAAACUAGAAUGUCGCCCGUAUGCAGACAAUUGCUAUAUGAAGAUGAAAUUGGAAUCAAUUCGGAAAGCGUCUCAACCGGCCCGCCAGGUUAAAUCACUGGAAAAAAUUGUACACAACUUUAAGCCCGUUUCCGACCACAAGCAUAAUAUUGAGGACAAGGAACGAAAGAAGGCCGAAGGUAAAAAAUCUCGCGACGACAAGAACGCCGUCUUGGACAUGCUGUUCAACGCGUUUGAAAAGCAUCAGUAUUACAAUAUUAAAGAUUUGGUCAAGAUUACUAGACAGCCGAUAAGCUAUUUGAAGGAAAUUUUGAAAGAAGUCUGUGAUUAUAAUAUGAAAAAUCCUCACAAAAAUAUGUGGGAACUGAAGAAAGAGUAUCGACACUACAAGGAUGACGACAAAAAGGAGGAAGAUAAAGAAGCGAGCGAUAGUGACAGCGACUGAUAGUAAAAAAGAAACGAAUAUAUUUGAACUUUUAAUGUUAUAAGCUCUGUAACAAAAUAAGUCCUUAAUAAAGUUUAAGCGGAUCUGUUCCAAACAACGAAAAUGUUUAU